AAUUCCAAAUUCCAAUUCCGACAACGACGUUACGUAAUUGCGUAACACAAAGCCACUCCUCAAUUCCGUCCUGUUGCCGUCUGUCGUAACUUCACGCGCCAUUCCCGGCGACUUCACCUUUACUUAUGUCAUCAUCUCCGUACACUCUCCUACUCAUGCGGCUCACGCGCUUUUCCAAUCGCCAACCGGCGAUUAUCCUUUAUACCCUCCCUCUUUCUUCCUUCAUUCUCCGAUCAACGUUUCCUCUUCUCUUCUUCAUUCUUUCCAUCAAUGGGUGAAAUUACCGAAUCCUCCACACAGGUAACCAUGUCCUCAAGGCCAUUGCCCUUCCGUGAGGAUUGUUGGAGCGAACAAGCUACAUGGACCCUUGUUGAUGCUUGGGGACGUCGUUAUAUGGAAUUGAACCGUGGAAAUCUCCGUCAGAAGGAUUGGCAACAGGUGUCCGAUUCCGUUAAUGUCCUUCAUGGACAUUCGAAGAAGAGUCGCCGCACCGAUGUUCAAUGUAAGAAUCGGAUAGAUACCUUGAAGAAGAAGUACAAAGUUGAGAAGGCGAAAAUUAUUGAGUCUAACGGAACCCUAACGUCAUCCUGGCCCUUCUUCGAACGGCUUGAUAUGUUGAUCGGAAACUCCGAUAAAAAAGUUACGCCGGUGAUGGUGUCUCCCUUACCUUUACCGAUGUCCUCUCCGCCUAUGGGAGUGCCGUUGCCUUACCGGAGAUCGGCGAUGGUGACGCCGGUCAGUUUGCCUCAGAAGCGGCAGUUGCCGGCUUUUGAUGAAUCGUGUUUCAGGAGAAAUUAUUCGGCAGUAGCUGCUGCUGCUGCAGCAGGAGGAGGGGAAGAGGAUUAUGAUGACGAGGAGGAGGAGGAGGAGGAGGAGGAUGUGGAGAUGACUGAGGAGAGUUGGGAAGAGGAUGGGAUGAGGAGGCUGGCUAAGGCUAUAGAGAGGUUUGGGGAUAUAUAUGAGAGAGUUGAAGGGAUGAAACAGAGACAAAUGGUGGAGCUGGAGAAGCAGAGGAUGCAGUUUGCUAAGGAUUUGGAGGUUCAAAGGAUGCAGUUGUUUAUGGAUACACAAGUUCAGCUUGAAAAGAUUAAGCAUACUAAGCGAUCUGGCUCUGAUGAUCUGUAUAGCUAGCUCUGUGGUGAAAGAGCAAUUAAAAAGAAGCAGGAUUGCGAGAUUAUGGAGGAGUAUCAUGGAGCAAUCCAGUCAGUGUCUCCUUAGUGUUUAUCUCCAAAUUCAUAUCUAAUGAUGACCCUAGUUUAACUGAUUAUUACUUUUUUGAGCAGGAAUAGUUGGUACUUGUAGUUAACUUCCCUUUUAUUUUAGCGGAUCUAAAAUACAGCAUUAGCCCGUGUUGAAAAUUUUCUGUAUUGAAAUGAAGGGUUACCUUUUUA